AUGGAGUCACCGCCGCCGUUCAAACUCGGCCAAGGUCAAGAUCGAAUUAGCGCGCUCCCAGACGACCUCCUCCUCGGAAUCCUCGAACGCCUCGACUUGCGCGAGGCGGUCCGUGCAGGGGCGGUCUCCACGCGGUGGCGGCACCUUCCCCACCAGCUCCAGCGCCUGCACCUCAAUGUCGGCGACUUCGAGGGAGCCACGCUGCUCGAGAUCUCGGACGCGUUCGUGGGUGCGACACGGAGGCUGCUGUCUGGGUGCAACUGCGACUGCAAGAGCAGGCGUGCCAUCAAGACUCUCUGCCUCACCUUCUACCGGUCGGCCCCUCACCUGAGCUCCAUCGGCCACGCCAUCGAGGACACCGUGAGCCGCGGCGAGACCGAACGCUUCGAGUUCGAGUUAAUCAGGCCUUCCCCUGACCUAAUUCAGGCCGUCAGCCGCACCGAAUCGGGGAAGCACUUCAUGUCGUUCUCCCGCGACUGCCCCGUCGCCUUCCGGUGGCUAACUGGCCUGUCCCUAACGAGCCUCAAGUUCCCGGACUACGACUUUCCCAGCCUCAUUGGCGCUUGCGACAAGCUCAAAAGCCUAUCCCUGCGCUCCUGCGGGUUGGUUCCGCGCUCUGCCGCGCUCAAGAUCGACGCGCCAAACUCCGCGAUUACGGAGCUCGUGUUCAUCCGCUGUAAGUUUAGCCAGAUCGACCUCGUCUCCGUCCCAAAGCUCGCGCGGCUGACGUGCCAUCGGUGGCGCUCAAAGAAUCCCCCGCUGCGUUUCGGCUACGUGCCCGAGCUUCAAAACGUCCACAUUGCCUGUCGUGCCAGGACGUGGCAGACGCCGUUCGCGCUCAGCGCGUGCUUCUCGUUGAAUACCAGGAACCUGUCGAAGCUGCACCUCAAUUUCGGCUGCCAGAUGAUUUGGAUUCGGCCGGAGCAACAUCCGAAGCAGCUCACUGAUAUAUUCAGCAACCUGACGGAUAUGACGUUCUGGAAUAUCUUUCCUGAAUGUGAUCUGAGCUGGACCUUGUUUAUCCUUGAAGCUGCACCCGCCCUACAAAAGCUUAUAUUAAAUCGGACUCGACAUUCCUGUGGUGGAACAUCCAAGGAUAGUGCUCAGAAGACCAACGUGGUGUGGGAACCAUCCAAGGAUCUGAAGCACCUCGAGUUGAAGUUGCUGGUGAUGAUAGGGUUCGAGGAGGAAGACAAGGUGACGAACUAUAUAAGGAUUGUCAUGGAACGAGCCGUAGGGUUGAAGAGAAUCACUCUGGGUAGUCACACAUGCAAGGAGUGCAAUGCCAUCAAUCUCGAGUCCCCGACAACAUCUCAGACGGAUGAUGCCUGCAAGCAUCGGAUUAAGGAGCAACUCACACGUGGAUCCUCCUCAACGGUGGACAUAAUAAUCUGUUGA